AUGCCCAACUACAAGCCUGUAGAGCCCGAGACGGCGGACUGUUACUUCGACUUAGGUGUGGAUCCAUACGCCCCAGCAACAGACGUCAAGGCAGCAUACUACAGAUUAGCGCUGCAGCAUCAUCCCGACAAGAAAGCACCAGGUCAGACUGUAGAUGCUGUCGAGUUCAGACGCGUGAACGAAGCGUUUGAGAUACUCAGAUACCCUAGUUCACGAGACGAAUACGAUGCGCUAUACGAAGGCAUACAGGAGGAAUGGGCAGAGUACCGUUGCGCCUAUGCGAAGCACAAGCUGCAGGAAGAGAUAGACCGCAUUGACGCUGAGAAAGAAGAAGCACAGGAAGAGGCUCGGGCUGAAGCUGAGCGAAUCGCAAGAGAAAGGAAGGUGAGGCUCGCGGAAGAGCGUUCGCGACAAGCAGCAGAGCGUGCGGAGAAGGAGCGAGCUAAGGCAGCUGAAGAGUGGUUGCGGAAAUGGGAAGAAGAGGAGGAGGCUAGGCAAAAGCAGCGCCGCGAACAGCGCCAAAAGGAAGCAGAAGCACGGGAAGCGAUAGUCAGAGAGCAGCAUCGUCUGGAGCAAGAGCGGAAGGCACAAGAGUAUCUCGCUGCACUGGAGGCACAACAAAAGCUCGCAGAGCAGAAGGUACGCCAGGCCGAAGAGCUGAUGGUUCGAACAUACAUGGAGCCUCACUUCGCCAAUACGGCCGACGCGGAAGCUCAGCGUAUCCAACGCCGCGUCCGCCUGGCGCACAUGUGGGCGCGAAAGCUUCAUGUAGACGCGAAGGCAGCUAAUGAUGCAGCGCCUGAUGCCAAAUUCGAGUUGGUGGAUUUAGGCUGGCACCGGAUCGAUGGCACUGCCACCUGCGACUUUUGCGUCAAGGACGUACGCUUGUACUUCUUUGCGUGUCCCUUGGGAGGCGCGGCAGCGUGCGGUGAUUGUGUAUACAAGUUUGCACACGGGUAUGAGACGGCGAACGGGGAGGUUAUUGGAAAGCGCAAGGUGGAGGAGAAGAAAGCCGCCAAGGUUGGUGGGAAGAAGGGGAAGGCAAAGGGCAAAGGCAAGGGGAAGAACUGA